AUGCUCCCACCAUGUGAUCUCUUCCCCUUCCAUCUCAUUUGUUUUCUUAACAUGCUUCUCAAACUAGCCUCUCCACUUUUUUGUUCAUUUUUCCCUGUUUAUGUUCAUGUUUUCAUUUCCUUUGUCAAAGUGUGAAAUUCCUAUAAAGUUUGCAUUUUAUGUAGUUUGGAUAAAUAGAUUUGACAAGAUCAUCAAUAAGGAAAUUCCUUCUACUGUGGUUUAUGAGGAUGAUAAGGUCCUUGCCUUUAGGGACAUAGCUCCUCAAGCUCCUAUUCACAUUCUAAUCAUUCCAAAAGUCAGGGAUGGGCUAACUGGUCUAUCCAAGGCUGAGGAGAGGCACACUGAGAUUCUUGGCCGCCUUCUCUACACCGCAAAACUGGUUGCAAAGCAAGAAGGCCUUGACGAUGGCUUCAGAAUUGUAAUCAACGAUGGACCAAAAGGCUGCCAAUCAGUGUACCACAUUCAUGUGCACCUUCUGGGAGGGCGACAAAUGAACUGGCCCCCUGGCUAAAACCUCCUGUGAUUGAAGGGCUAUCUAUCAAUAACGAAUUCAAAUUACCAAGACACUAUGGUGAUGAGUUGGAUUGUCUAUUCUAAUCUAUGUUUAAAUUGGUGUGUUUAAUAUUUGAUGAAGUGAAAUUCUCUAGUUGUUACUAUUAUCUAUGCCAUUAUAUUGGUCAAUCCAACAUUAGUAUCAUGAUUGUAGGUUGUUUGUGGAUUACCAGAUGCUGCAAACUUGUCUUGUAUUACCCCCUGUUUAGGUAAAAUAAGAAAAAUGUUAGAGGGCCAUCAGAAUUUAUUGUUUUUGGUCAUCAAUGUCUAAAAGUGUGGGAUAAAGUAUCUCCUUGGAUUACUAAACUAAAAAAAUUGGGUUGAUGGUUAAAAACAAUAAAUUCUGAUGAUCCUCUAGCAUUUCUUGGUAAAA